UGCGCAUAUCUCCCUGUUUGCCUAGCAACCGCCGCGCGAGCGAAGACCGUCCGGAGAAAUGGCCAAAGCGACCACCAUCAAAGAGGCUCUGGCCAAGUGGGAAGAAAGAUCAGGUGAGAAGGCAGCUGAAGCUGUGGAGGUGAAGUUAUAUGGCCAGGUACCACCAAUUGAGAAGAUGGAUGCGUCCCUCUCUACGCUGAGCAAUUGCGAGAAGUUAUCUCUUUCGACAAACUGCAUCGAAAAGAUUGCAAACUUGAAUGGACUAAAGAAGUUAACAAUUCUGUCACUGGGAAGGAACAAUAUAAAGAAUUUAAAUGGUCUGGAGGCAGUGGGGGAAACACUGGAAGAGUUGUGGAUUUCAUAUAACUUGAUUGAGAAGCUCAAAGGAAUUCAUGCGAUGAGGAAGCUGCAAGUUCUGUACAUGUCAAACAAUCUGGUAAAGGAUUGGGCUGAGUUCAGCAAGCUGGCUGAUCUUCCCAAUCUGGUCGACCUCGUCUUCGUAGGAAAUCCCAUUGAAGAGAAGUAUUCGGCUGAAGGCAUCUGGGUGGAGGAAGCAACAAAGAGGCUCACUAGGUUGAAGAAGCUGGACGGGGUGCCUGUCAUUAAACAAGUGGAAGAAGAGGCUGAAGACUAAUGCCCACAUAAUGCACGAUGUUGGAAAGACCUUCCAAUGUUCUCCUCCACCAUUGCACUUUCUCCAUUCUUGAUUGUGACCAAACAAGCUUGCUAGCUGUAGUUUCUCAAAUAUUCCUAGCAUGUUCUUUUGCAUUGUAUUAUGACUUGUUGUUGUUUGUUGAAGCAGUGAAUUUACUGGAAUCCUGUGACCAGUUCCUAAUAACCCGAGUUUUUAAAGGCAAAAGAGAUGCUUCAGCCAGAGGAAAUAAUCAUUUUUAAAUAUAGUUUUGCAAAGUGUUAGUUUAUAACCAUUUUUUGAUGAGGGGGACAAACAUUUGAUCAUUUUUGGUAGUGCAUUUGAAUUUUUAUUUCAAUUUUUAAUUUAGCUUUAACUUAUUUGUAAUUAUAAAUUAACUGUAGAAUGUUGUUAUAAUGCAGUUAUCUAACUUGGGAGUGUAAUGUUACUCUUGGACUGGGACCUUCCCCUGCCCUGGCUUCUCAUGUGCAAAACGGCAACCUUACUUCAUGCUUCUCCCGUCAAGAUCUGUCCAGAUUUUUAAGUAAUUGCCUAGUUUUUGUAAAGUACCUUUUAUCUGUUUUAUACAGAAUUAUUUAUCAGAAGAUGUUGUAAAAAUGUGCUAUCUUGUGAAAAAUGAUUUAUUCUGGUAACUAAUAAAGCUAACUAACUUUC